ACUGGGUCAGUUUGCCAAUCCACCAUUUUGAUUUGUCGGCGUGUCCCGCGCACUAUUCCUUUGCUUCCAGUUUGGCCGUUUUCAAGACAAUAAUAUACACAUUAGCAAUUAUUCAACACCAUCAACCGGAAGAAAUGGGCGACAGAAGCGGUGAGGUCACUAUGGACCAUCUGUCGACUGUUCACCCUGAGGACGAGGCUAACAGCAGUAAGACAUUAGACAAGGGAAGGCAGCAAAACAAAGAGGAAACGUGCGGGGUAAACUCUGACAAUCAUGUACAAGUUCCUACCAAGCAGUCGGACAGGUCUGCGGCGAAACGUACUGUGGAUAAACGGUUUUCGUGUUCGGAAUGUGACUAUAGGGCAGCCUUUAGGUCCAAGCUAUUGAUACACACAAGAAAACAUACCGGCGAGAAACCCUAUAAAUGCGACCAGUGCGACUAUUCUGCUGCACAGAAAGGAAAUUUAGACCAACACAUGGUUAAACACACCGGAGAAAAACCCUACCUGUGUCAAGAGUGCGGAUACAGGACGGCUGACAGGUCUAGACUAUCCGUACAUAUGAAAACACAUACAGGUAUGAAACCCUACAAGUGUAUCCACACAUAUGAGAAAACACACAGGUUUGAAACCUUACACGUGUGA